GAGAGGAUAAAAAUCUGGAUGCCGGACCAUAAUACACUCACUAGGCCUGGCCAACCAAACUAAAAGGCUUGCUGAGUGGUAGAUCGAGUGUUUUUUUCCCCUUUUUUUCUUUUAGUUGCACGGUGGCAGAAGAGUGUAGGACUAUCUUAGUCAGUUGAUCGAGAAUGACGUGCGUACUGAAUUGACAUAUAUUUUGUUUCUCUGUCGUAUGCAUCAGGGAGACUUGAAUUUCAAGCUACCUCGAGCGCGAGGCAUCAUCACUCCUCGGAAAAUCAUACACACCAACUCUCGAGCAAGACGGAAGGACAUUACACUUAGAUCUAGAAAAUCUAGAUCUAAAUCAUCUAAUUAUAUUUUGUUGCCUGCUCAAGGCCAAGGCCAGUAAAUCAAGAAGACCUACCACUUACAACGAACUUCAUGUUCUUAUAGUAGACCUGACUUCCAGUUGGUUGUAACUUUCUUGGGGGAGAUUCUGCAAGACUUCCAACACUCCACAGUCACCAGUUAACAUGUCAUACCCUGAUUACCAGUACUCCUCGUACAGUGGCUCAGCCCAGGCAUACAGCGGUCCACAGUACGCCCCGCCAGACAGCGGCCAGUACGCGCCUCCAGACGCCAGUCAGUACGCACCGCCGGACAGCCAGUACGCUCCGCCGGACAGCCAGUAUGCGCCACCGGAGGCUCACAGCAAUCAGUACUUGCCACCGGACGGCCAGUACGGGCCCCCGGAGACUCACAGCGGCCAGUACACCGAGGCGGUCACCAGCCACCCUCAGUACGACUACAGCUACUCGCAGCCGGACCAGUACACGCAGACUAUCGGUUCGGCAGCCCCUGUCUACAACACCGCCAGCUCUGGCUACCUGGAGACUCCUGCGGUGGUCAGUGCCUACACCAGCACGCCCGCGGGCUACGCUGACCGCACGGCUUCGGCCUACAGCCAGCCCCCCGCCCCCCCAGUGUAUGACCCACCACCCCCCUCCGCCCCUGCCCCCGUCACCCAGGCCUACCAGAGCCAUGCGGCCCCGUACUCGGCAGACCCGCAGAAACCACCGGCCGGUUCGUACGACGCGGGCUACAGCUACCAGAGUGAGGCGUACGGCACGUCCCAGUCCUCGUACACUCAGGACACGUCUACGUAUGCUCAAGGUUACGACCAGAGCAGCUCGAGCGCAUCCUACCCGGCCUAUCAGAGCAAAGCCAGCUAUUCUGCCGCCCCGGCGGGAGGUGGGGUUGGGACUUGGGCGUCUGUGAGUGAGUAUCCCGCCCCACCCGCCGAGCCCCCCGCGGCUAUUUAUAGCGACCAGCAGACGUACUCGCACGACUACUACGCCUCGGGUGGAGGUGAUGGCCAGGGCUAUGCUCAGAAGACGGAGUAUCAGCGGCCAACGUGGCAGGCCGCACCCCCUGUGGUAGAUUCGGGCGGCUACGGGAAGGAGUUUGGCGGUUAUUCCGGCCCAGCCACGCGGAGGGGAGGGGGCGGCGGGGGCUACACGGAGGGGCAACAGAGGUCACAGUUCAAGGUCACAGGAUCAGGAGUGGGCGGAGGUCAAGGGUAUGGAGGUUAUAGCGGGUCCGGCAGUGGCCAAAGUGGCAAUAGUAAGGGCGCAGAGGUGCAGAGAGACGGUGGAUAUAGGAAUGGGGAGGGCGGCCGCUCGAUGGGGGGAGGUGGCGGGUCGGAUUUCUUCAGGGGGGGCAGAGGAGGGAGGGGAGCGGGUCGAGGAGGUAAUGAAGGAGUUGGGGGGCAGAGAGGGGGUCGGGGAGGUAGGACGUAUGGUGGUAGUUCGUACGGUGGCCGUGCAGAGGCUGGCUAUGGCGGUGGCUCGGAUACGAGGUUCAGGAGUGAGGGGUCUAGUCAGUCGUCUCAUGGCGACUCUUUUGGAGGAGGGAAUAGAGGCGGUGCAGGGGGCUACAGACAGCCAGGUGGCAGGGGGGGCUACGCCGGGGCUCAGGGGGGCUACAGCAAGGCUCCCGGCGCGAAAGGUGGGUCCAGCGAUGGCAAGGGGUUCGGUGGGAGGGGAGGAUUCGGUUCCUCCGAGUUUAGAGGUGCUGGGUACGGCAGUGGUAGAGGUGGCCGGGAUGGGCCUCCUGAGCUCGGGGGUCAGAGGGGAGGAGGCAGAGGUCGUGACGUGAGGCAGGAGUAUGGAGGGGGAGGUAACUCUGGUGGGUGGGUGGGCAGGCGCGGUGGCCAGGAUUCAGGGCCCCACGAGGCAGCCUACUCCACCAAUAUCUCCUCAAGGGGCAUGGCUCGUGGGCGAGGGGGCGGGGCUAAUGCGUCGCCGAGAGGGGGCGGGGCCAACAUGUCGUCGAGAGGGGGCGGUGCUAACGCAACAUCGAGAGGGGGCGGGGCUAACGCAACAUCGAGAGGGGGCGGUGCCAACAAGUUUGGCGGUCAAGGGUCGGGGUUCGAUGCUAGGGACAAGAUUCGGCCCAAGCAGGAAACUGGUGGCUCUGUGUUUGGCCGGCUGGGUACCGAGGAGGAGAGGAAGGCGAGGGGAGGGGCAAACGCGACAGCGGCAGCAGCAGUGAAAGCUCCGUCACGGCCACAGGAUCGGCUGUUGAACGAGGUGGAGGUCAAGCCCAAGGUGGAGAGGAAGAAGACGGAGGCGGAGCUGAAGAAAGAGGAGGAGGAGAGGAAGAAAGCGGAAGAGGAAAAAAAGAAGAAGGAGGAGGAGGAACGGAAGUCCGCGGAGGAGGCGGUGAAGCAGGCGUCGGAGGAGUUGAGGAGGAAGGCUGCGGAAGAGGCGGUGAAAGCUGCGCCGCCCUCAAAACCGCCGCAAACCCCUGAGGAGGUGGCACGGGAGGAGGAGAUACAGCAGAAAAUCCGGGAGUCCAUCGUGAUCAUCAACCCGGAGCACGAGGUCAAGGUCGCAACCCAGGACCCCAGCAAGGACCUGGAGAUGUCGCAGGAGUUGCGGGACCUGCUCAAGACCAUCACGGGCGACUACGUCUGCCGCCUGUGCAGUGUGCGGAUCGUGGGUCCCCACAUGGCAGCCAUGCACUACAAUGGCAAGAAUCACAUGAAGAAGCUACGCAACUUUGUGCAGACCAAUGGGCGCUCGGCCGGCUACAACCUGGCCACAACCGCAGACGGCGCAGCAGAGUCAGGAGGGAAGGAGGAGGAAAAGAAAAAGAAGGCGGAGGGAGAGAACGGAGAGAAAGAGACAACGCAAGUUGUGGAUGCGACGGCGGGUCUCAGCGAGAAGGAGUAUUGCAAGCUGUGUAAAGUGGCCUUCCAACAGGAGGUGCAGGCUGACAUGCACUACAAGGGGAAGAACCAUGCCAAGAAAGUGCGCAACCUGGGAGCUGGGGGCAACGGGCCCGAGGUAUUUGAGUGUAAGAUCUGCUGCGUGACGGUCACAGCCCAGGAACACCUGACCGCUCACCUCAACGGCACCAGGCACAAGCUGCAGCUGAGGAAGAUGGACAUCAACGACGCUCACAGAGGUGGCCUGAGAGGAGGGGGAGGACGAGGCUAUUCCUUCGGCUUCGGAGGGAGGGGAGGAAGAGGAGGUCGAGGAGGGGGAGGAGGAGGAGAGGGAGGUUCGUGGCAAGAUGGCGCUGAGGGAGGCAGAGGUCGCGGGGGUCGUGGCCGAGGGCGAGGACGGGCUGAUUUUUCUGGAUCAGGUUUCAAGCGACCAAAUGAGGAGUUUUAUGGCGCCCCUUCUGGUUUCCAUGGACCAACGCGCUCGAAGCGACCCAGAUUCUGAACAUUUUCAUGAGCUUUACACAGCUGGAAUUUACCCGGGACUAGACGUGUUCUGACCCACCUACUUGUUUUACUGUGUUCUUCAUCAGUAUUUUCAAUCCAAUUGAGUUUUUAUAUGAGUACAUGAUGUAUUUGAUAUCACAAUGGUAUUGUUCAGAAAUGGUGGAUAUUUUUUAAUUUUUGAUUGUUAAAUAAUGAUGAAGAGGAGAAUUUCUACGGAAGUUUUAAUCCUUGUACAGCACAGGUUGUGUGGUUUUUACUUUCCAAGUUGAGAAACGUGUUUUAUUUGAUUUUGAUCGUGGCCUGUUUUAUGAUUUUAACCUUUUCGUUCAUUCCGUUCUGUUGAAAUGAGAGUUUUAUUGAUUGUUCUGUAGGUGGUUAGACUCCCAGCUUUGUCCUGUACAGAAUAAAAACUCUACGUCGGCCACUCAAA